AUGAAGCUGAACCAAUCAACGGGCGUGCUGGCUGCCGUGGGCGGGGCCUCUCGGCCGGAGGGUUUAAAGGGCGCCCCAGCAAAGGCCACUCAGCUGGAGCGUCUAAGCGGUGCCAGGCCAGGUGUGCGCGCCCGUCGGUCCUUCCGUGCCCGCGCCGGAGACCAGCCUCGGAGGCCGCCUGGGCCCGUCCCUGUGCCCGGCACCAUGAAGCAGGAGCCCCAGGAUACGCCGCUUGCCUCGUCGGCCGCUUCGCCGCCCCCUUCACCAUCCGCGCAGUCUCCUCAGGAAGACGACGGGGACCCCCAAGAUCUGUGGAUUUUCGGGUAUGGCUCUCUGGUGUGGAGGCCCGACUUCGCCUACAGUGACAGCCGUGUGGGCUUCGUGCGCGGCUAUAGCCGCCGCUUCUGGCAAGGAGAUACCUUCCACCGGGGCAGCGACAAGAUGCCUGGCCGAGUGGUGACCCUUCUUGAAGAUCAUGAGGGCUGUACCUGGGGUGUGGCAUACCAGGUCCGAGGCGAGCAGGUAAAUGAAGCGCUCAAGUACCUGAAUGUUCGAGAAGCAGUGCUUGGAGGCUACGAUACCAAGGAAGUGACCUUCUACCCCCAAGAGACCCCUGACCAGCCUCUCAAGGCACUGGCCUACGUGGCCACACCACAGAAUCCUGGUUACCUGGGCCCUGCACCUGAGGAGGCCAUUGCUAUGCAAAUCCUGGCCUGCCGCGGUUUCGCGGGCCACAACCUUGAGUACUUGCUGCGCCUGGCAGACUUCAUGCAACUUUGUGGGCCCCAAGCCCAGGAUGAGCACCUGGCGGCCAUCGUGGACGCUGUGGGCACCAUGCUGCCUUGUUUCUGCCCCACCGAGCAGGCUUUGGCACUGGUCUGAGCAGGUGUACCACUGUGGGGGGCAUGCCCACACAGAUGUAGGGACCGGGUUCCCACCUCAGUGCACACAGACUGCAGACU